CCCCCCACCCCGGCUGAUGCGUGCAGGUGUCUGGUUCUGACUGAGUCUCCAGUGCACGGUUAGCCCUUUUGCUCUGCCAUGGUGAUCCACAGUUGGAGGGCAGCGAUGGCCUUGUGAUUCCCACCCGAGGUGUCGUGCGCACAACCUGAACCAUGAAUGGAGGAAAAGAGUGCGGGGGAGGGCCGGGGGGGGGGCCGGGGGAAGGGCCCCCCCCGGCUGCCCAGGUGCCUGUCGGCUGGAAGCGCAGGCUGGACCAUAGUGGCGUGGUCUAUGUCAGUCCCAGUGGCUCUCUGCUCUCCUGCCUGGAACAGGUGAAGGCCUACCUGCUGACAGAUGGGACCUGCAAGUGUGGCCUAGAAUGCCCCCUCCUCCUCCACAAGGUGUUUAACUUCAAUCCCAGGGCUGUGCUCAAGCAGAGGACUGCGGAGGACGUAAAGGCUGACGAAGACGUCACGAAGCUCUGCAACCACAAGAGAAAGAUCAUCGCUGUGGCCACCCUGCACAAGAGUAUGGAACCACCACAACCUUCUCUAGUUCUCACCUGUCCAGGGGGUCACACAAGUGCAGCACCGAUGGCCCCCUCGCGUUCUGCAACUCCCCGAGCAAUAAAGAGCAAAGAGCGGGAGGGGCUGUCCCACCCCCCGGGGGGGCUGCCCCGCCCCGCGCCCUCAGACUGUAAGAACCCUUUCCGCGCGCUGGGCAGCCAGCGACAGGGUGCGUCUGAGCUGAGCCUGGCCCAGCAGCAGGAGCUGUACGGCGGGUACGCCCGCACGAGGCUGGGGGGGGCGGAGCAUGGACAGAAGUCCCCGUAUCGCAUGCUCAGCCCCGCCUCCUAUGGGGACGGAUCACCGUCUCCACGGGCCGACCCCCUGGGCAGCCCUGAUCCCUUCACCCGGGGCAACCCCGGUUUCCAUGGUACCAGCAGCCCCAGCCCUAUCCAUGGCAGCGGGCGCAUGCCCCUGUCGCCGCCUGGCGUGCUUCCCCGCGCCGCGCCCUCCUGUGCCCUGGCCGGGAGGACGUCCGUGCCCCUCUCCCCCCCCAUCGCCACCCAGAGCCCCGUCAUGAAGAACCCCGCGUGCAGCUUCCCCCCCAGCGUGGACAUGCCCCGGUCCGUGUUCCACCACAAGGCCCCGAUCCCGCCCGCCCCAGGGCCCCACCCCCACCCCCAGCCCCCGCCCCCUGCCUGCACCCUCCAGAAGAAGCAGCUGUCCUGUGAGAAGGACCCGCUGGGCAUCCUGGACCCCAUCCCCAGCCGGCCGGGCAGCCGCAGUGCUGUGGCGCUCACCCCCGGCCCGCCUACCUUCCAGCCCACCGUCCACUCUCAGGUACCAGUGAUGAAUGUAGUCAUCCCCCCCGCCAUCGUGCCCCUGCCCAGCAACCUGCCCCUGCCCACGGUCAAGCCGGGGCCUGUGGGGCACGGGGGGCACGGGGGCCACAUGCAGCGGCUCCAGCACGCAGCCACUGCGUCCGUCUCCCCCUCCCCCGUCACCCCCCCCGCGCACCUGGCCGGCUCGGGCGUGGCGAGGGUGGAGGCGUCGCCCCAACGCUCCCGCUCCUCCUCCACCUCCUCCGACCACGGAAGCUUCGCCAUGCCCCCCUGCGGCAGCGUGAAGGUCCCGCCCCGGUCUCCCCGGUCCUCCGUGGGGUCCCCGCACCCCUCCCUGCCUUCCAGCCCCUCCGCCAAACCCGACCCGCUCCAGCAGUACAAGGAUGUCCCCAGCCAGCUGCUGGUGGGGAUGAGCAGCUCCAUGUUCCCGCCCAGCUCCACAGGGAAUGGGCCCCAGAAGGGCCCCUCGGGGCUGCUGGGAAUGCCGCUCAACCACAUCCUGAACCGCCAAAACGCCGCCUCCUUCCCAGCAAGCAGCUUACUGUCAGCAGCGGCCAAAGCACAGCUAGCCAAUCAAAACAAACUGACCUGCGGCGGUGGUGGAAAUGGGGGUAAGGGCAGCAAACCCAGGCUGGCGGGCAGCUGUGGGGGCGUGGCAGAUGGGCACAGCACUUUAAACCCCCCCGCGUGUCCUGCCAACGCGGGCGCGCCGCUGUCCGGGAGCGAGGGCCAGAGCGGCCGGGCGGCUCUGCGGGACAAGCUGAUGGCCCAGCAGCGCAACCCCCUCCGCCUGCGCAAGCAGCUCAACGGUGGGGGGGGCGGCGGGGUCUUCAUGCUCCAGGCCCACGUGAGCGGUCCCCGGCACCCUGACCCUGGGGAGCGGCUGAGGACGGGGGCCCGGACGGGGAGCCUCCCCCCCAGCGCCUCCAUGGCCCAGCUCCUGCAGUCCAUGAGCAACCAGAGCGCCCCCCACCCCACCCCGCUGCAGUUUGGGGAGGGGGCCCUGCACAGUGGGGGCCACGACUCCUGCCGUCUGUUCUCAGAGACGGCAAACCAGAUGCAGGUCACUCCCAGGGGGAGCUGCAGACCCCUGGGACACUCCCCACUGGACCCCCCCAACCCCCACCCCCACGGGCUCACUCUCCACCCCCAGGACCCGCAGGGCUGCCGCUACAUCCUGGGACGGGCCCACAUGGGGUCCCCCCUGCCCCACUGUGGUGAUGGGGGCUUGUCUCACACUGUCCUGGGACAGGCCCACAUGGGGUCCCCCCUGCCCCACUGUGGUGAUGGGGGCUCGUCUCACACUGUCCUGGGACAGGCCCACAUGGGAUCCCCCCUGCCCCACUGUGGUGAUGGGGGCUUGUCUCACACUGUCCUGGGACAGGCCCACAUGGGGUCCCCCCUGCCCCACUGUGGUGAUGGGGGCUCGUCUCACACUGUCCUGGAGUCAGGCGAGGCCCUCAACUGCAGUGUGAACAACCCCAAACUGCGGACCCUGCAGGCUCACAACAGCGGCCCCAUGUUCCAGCAAGUGGGCCAAGCUCAGCUGGGCCAGGGGUUCCAGGACCCCCGCGCCUUCCCCGAAAACCCCUUUCCUGACAGCUCCUCUUCCAGCCCCAUGGCUUGCCUUUUCCAAAAUUUCCAGGUGAAUGUGCCUGAGAGUAUUUCAAACCCCAGCAAGCAGACGAGCGCUCAGCCCAGGGGAAGCUUGCGUCCCGACACGGUGGCAAUGGCGGCCCUACCUCAGCUGCAGGAGAGCCUGCCGGAAUUACAGCCCCAGGGCCUGGGCCCGCCCGCUGGGCCCCACGGGCUCCAGGGCCUCCCGGGGGGCGGGGGCCAAUCGGUGGACUCCAUCUACAGGGCCGUGGUGGACGCCGCCAGUAAGGGCACGCCUGUGGUGAUCACCACAGCGAUGAGUGGCAGCACGCAGGCCAGCCCUGUCCCGGCCCUCAGCGCUAUGAGUGCCUUCACCGCCUCCAUCGGCGAGGCCGUGAGCCUCCCCCACGCCAUCCACGGGGCUGACCCCCCGCAGCGGCCCCACCCCCAGGCAGCCCCGCCCCGCAACAACUCGGAGCAGGGCAAGUGCACCCCUGAGGGGGGGGAGGCCCACAAAUUCUUCAGGUCCCCCAGUCGUGGAACCCUAACCCCCCGGAGGCAGUGGGAUGAGGGGGGGCCGGGGCCGGGGGCUGGGGUGGAUGGUCAUGCAUCCUGGCGGGGGGAGGAGUUCCUGGAGUGUUCCACCCAAGUCCAGAGCAGCCCACACACCGAGAGGGCCAACACCCUGGCCCCCACCGGCUCCCCCCCCGAUCACAAGCACCUGCCCCUGGCACUCCGGCCUGGUGACAAGGCCUUCCUGGAGGAGGGCUUCCACUUCAACAGCUGCAGACGGGCCUCACUCAACUUCAAGGAGCGGCUGGAGCAGACCGUCGAGCACUGCGCCCACAUGAACGGGGGGGGUCCACUCCUGAGCAGGGGCUAUGGAGACAUCCUGGGCCCCCCCAGGCAGGACCUGAUGGCAGAGGACCAGUCCCCAGGCUCCUCCACCAGCCUGGAGGGCCCCCUGCUGAAAGACUACAUGCACUACAACGGGCACUACAACGGCUGCGCACCCAGCCCCUCUGACACCAAGAGCCUGAGCAGCGAGGAGGACCUGCGCCAGCCGGACUCGCCUUCCUCCAGCGAGCUGCUGCACUACCGCCCCCGCACCUUCAGCAUGGGCGAGCUGGUCUGGGGCCAGCUCAAAGCCUUCCCCCCCUGGCCAGUUAAACUGAUCAACCAGGACCAGGUGCACAACCCCGGUAUGCAGAACAGUGCGCAGGACAAGGUUGAGCCGGGGAGGCUGAAAACACUAACAGAAGACCUGGAGGCACUCAACAGAGCUACCAAGAGGAAUAGAAAAGGUGGGAAGUUAAAUAAUCACUUAGAAGCUGCUAUACACGAGGCAAUGAGCGAGUUGGACAGAAUGUCGGGCAGUGUUCACCAGAUGCCCCCGAGAGACAGACAGAUCAAGCCCAAAACCAAGAGGAGGAAGAUCUCUAGAUAACAUUGAAUGUGUUGGUCAUCAGUCCAAUAACAGGCCAUGAACUGUGUACAUACAGAGUCUGAACUUAGGCAACCAGAUCCUCCACCCAUCUCCCUUUCCCCAGUGCUACUAUCAAACAGUGCACAAGACAGUUGAAGGUGCUGGGUAAAGCCAAUCAUAAAACUGCGCAAAUGACAUUUUGCCAUCUGUCUACAGCUUGCUGAAUAAUUAUUUUUUUCAAGAAUACUAAGAAAAGAAUAAGCAAAAAGCCCUGCAUAUGAGAAAAGACAGUCCAAAUAUUUCUGAUACAUUUUCAGUGUGUAUAUAAACAAUGCAGAAAUGUCUUGGUGAUAUUCAGAAAAGAAAUGUAAAUAUUGUACAAUAUUGUCAUGUACAAGCGUACCUAAUGCACACUAUCUUUUAUUGUACAAAUCAAAGCAGAAAAAAGUGUACAAAUUUCUUUGGUUUUUAUUCAGAACAUGGUCAAUAUGACCAGCAGUGUAAACGGGAUGAAUAAAAAGAGAUACAGCCUAAAGCUUUUAUAUGAUUACAUUGAAACAAUGCUGUUUUUGUAUUAAACAGCAGGAGAAAAGGCAUGAUUAUGUAAACCUGUAAACCCUUGAUUAUGACAGACAUGUCACACCAAUAAGUGUUCAUUUAUGUGUGUCUGAACAGAAUGAACUUUACCAGCUGACAGUACUUCUGGGCUUUUCUUGAAACCGGUCACUGCAGCACAGGAAGUAGAGAGUCAGGCUACAUGCUACAUGUUGAUGCACCACGCAUACGGUAGCAUAGCUAGCUGGCUACAUGUUGAUGCAGCAUGCAUACGGUAGCAUAGCCAGCUGGCUACAUGCUACAUGUUGAUGCAGCACGCAUACGGUAGCGUAGCUAGCUGGCUACAUGCUACAUGUUGAUGCAGCAUGCAUACGGUAGCAUAGCCAGCUGGCUACAUGCUACAUGUUGAUGCAGCACGCAUACGGUAGCAUAGCCAGCUGGCUACAUGCUACAUGUUGAUGCAGCAUGCAUACGGUAGUGUAGCCAGCUGGCUACAUGCUACAUGUUGAUGCAGCAUGCAUACGGUAGCAUAGCCAGCUGGCUACAUGCUACAUGUUGAUGCAGCAUGCAUACGGUAGCGUAGCCAGCUGGCAAUACUACGAAAGAUAGUUGCAGUUCACCUGUAGCUUUAAUGCGAUUUUAAAAUGUUAGCACGCUUUCUUUUCCUGUUGAGUUAUUUUUAAGCAGUUCAUUUUUUUGUUGUAGUUUUUUAUAAAACGAAAAGCCAUGCCAAGGAAGAGGCCCAUACUUGUACUUCGAAAAGGAAAUAUUAUUUUUCUUGAAUAUUUUUGAUACAACAAAUAUCAGAUAUGAUGUUUACAUAAAGGACUUGUGAGUGUUAGAUAUAACUGCUUUGCAAAAAACAGCAGAGGAUGUUUAAAUCUUUAGGUAAACUGACUUGUCCAUAUGAAUGUCCAUUUGUAAACAGUAUCUCUUUGUCCAAAACCCAUUACACAUUAAUCAAUAUUAUUAUUAUUAUUUUUCUGCCUGUUGCUAUAUGCUUUUCUGGCCACAGCUGAAGGUUUUCUGUGCCAGAUUUUGGGCUGCCGUGUUAAAGGGAACAUCACUGGAAAUCAAAAAGAUGAUUUGCUGUUCCUUACUAUAGCAUGAGUGUGUAUGGAAAGGCAGGGUGACCAGCAGAUAAUUUAUUUUAUUUAUUCGCCGUGUCUACAGGUUCUGACAGCCCCCGUCUCUAAUGUAAUAGGCUUUGAUUUAUCAACUCUCAACAAAAAAGUUUUCCCUAACUGAAUAAUCUCUUUAUCUAUUAACUCUAUAUACAGAAGGUUCUCCCUUUAAUAGAAGCCUGAAAUGCAUGCACAGGUGAUUAUCCUUAAACCAAAGCAAUUUUCUUCUUCAUUGUUUGGCAAUUUCUUAAAAUCUUAGUUGAAAGGAAUUAAGAUUUUAGUUCCAUUUCACAUCGUUCUUGCUUGUCUUAAGAUUUUUGUUCCAUUUCACAGCGUUCUUGCUCAUCUCCCAUUAAUGAACUGUGUAGCUAAUCAUGACCCACGGGCCUGUUAUUGCAAAGCUGCAGUGGAGGUCAGUUCAGAUUUCACUCUGUGAAAGCAAACCUCUGUGCUAAAGGUAGAUUUUUAAAGAAACAUUGGGUGGAGAAAUGCAUUCUGGGCUUUCUGUAGUCUCGGAACUGGGUCAUGUGUGAUUAAAUCAAAGGAAAGGCUUAUACAUAUGACCUAUGAACUGUAGAAAAAAGAUAAGAACAGCAUUCAGUUUUACAUUUUCUUUACAAGUUAUCUUUUAAAACCACUGAAAUGAGCUUCUACAUGCUGCCAUGGUUUCUGAAUUCAGUGCUAGAAAGGCCUGGUCAGCAUUAGACUUUCAUUUAUGAUUUGAAAUUACCAGGAAAGGCUGUACAGUUUUCAUAAAAUAGUUUAGACUAAUUUAUCUUGACCUUUUUUCAAAGUGUAGUUGAAGCUACAGAAAUAAGUAUCCUAUUAUGCCACCAUACACACGGAUCCCUGCUGCCAAAAUAUUGUCACUGGUUUGGGUUUUAUUUUAUUUUUUUAAUUAGAGGCCUUAAUUAUUUGUUUUUAUUAUUGCUGAGGGUGUAAAUUAUUAAUGUAUUUCAUAUUUAUUUGUAGCUGUGUAAUUAUAAUAGUUGGCAAUAAUACUAAUAAGAGUUGUAAACUCUGGAAUGCCUUAGAGUAUAUAUAUUUUUUCUUACAAAAAUGAACAGCCUAUUAUUCAGUUAGUUCAAUUGUCUUUAAUUUUUUUCAGAAACAGCUGAGACUUGCAUUUUGUGUUUUUAUAGGAUUUUAUGUUGGACUUUGGUGACCAGUCACCUAUCGAAGCUUGUGAAUUCUUUAGAGUGAUGAUCUGUCUCUCUGUCUCAGGAAGACCGUGUUAUUUAGGAUACAGUCUUCUGUGAAUUGGACAAACUCCCAGAUUAACAGUCCUGAAGCAUCUAACACAGUAAAGACACAGUGAUGCUUAAGGAGGGGUUAAGCUCUGGGUAAAAUGGCUGAGGCAGCAAGCAGCCGUAGUUAGGUACUCUGUUAAACCUCAGAGGUGGGGUUUGAGUAAUUCAUCCUCGAGGCUGAGCGUACAGUCCAGUGCAUCAUGCAUUUCUCAGGA